AUGUUUGGAAUAACAUUGACCAAGUGUAAGAUCUACUUCAAUAAUAUAUAUUCCACUGUGUGUCUUGAAGAGAAAUUAGGAGGUGGUACUUAUGGUGAUGUAUAUAAAGGCAAAGUAAUAAAAUAUAAUAAUAAUAAUAAUAAUGAUUUAUAUCAGAAUACUAAUUAUUUACCUUAUGAUUAUUAUACAGAUGAAUUUGUUUUUUUUCGUAAUAAUGUAUAUGCUAUAAAAUUUUUUAGAGAUGAUUUAAGAACAAUAAAUGAAGAAGGAAUUAGUUGUACUACGUUAAGAGAAUUAAGUUGUUUAAAAAAUAUUGGAAGACAUCCUAAUAUACUUCGUCUAAUAGAUGUUACUAUUGAUAGACAAAAACUUAUAAGUGAAUAUAUAAAUAGACAAAUACUACAACAUUAUACAUCCAAUUAUCAUCAUCAUCAUCAUAAUAAUAAAUUAGAUAUCACCCCCUUGUCAGCUGAUCAAAAAUUUAUUUUUGCUGCAUAUGAAUAUUGUGAUGGUGGGGAUCUAAAAAAACUUAUACAAAAAACUAAAAUUAGUGAUGACCAAGCUGGUCUUAAUUUAAAAGAAGCAAAGUGGUUAUCCUUCCAACUAUUAAAUGGAUUAGCCUAUUUACAUAAUAAUAAAAUGUGUCAUAGAGAUUUAAAACCUGAAAAUGUUAUGCUACAAGAAACUUCUAAUCAUAAGUAUCUCUUAAAAAUUGGAGAUUUAGGUCUAUGUAGAGAAUUAAAAAAUGAUGGAGAUAUGACACCUACAGUAUGCACAAUAUAUUAUCGACCUUUGGAGGUCUUACUUUCAAAGUUUGAACUGUCUAAAAAGCAUCAUCAUAAGAAUAAUGCAAAUCAUAGAAAGGAUGAUGAAGAGGAUGAUGAUGAAGAUGAUGAAGAAGAAGAUUAUGAUGAAGAAGAUUAUGACGAUGUAAAUAUAAAUGUAAAUUUAUAUGAAAACAAUAAACUUUAUAACAACAAUAUGAAUAAUUCCCAUUUGAGUCGUAGGAAAAAUAAAAUGAAAAAAAAAAAAAAGAAAAAAAAAAAAAAAGAAAAAAAAGAAAAAGAUGAUGAUUAUUAUAAUAAAGAUUUUCAAUAUGGUCUAAAUGUAGAUAUAUGGUCAGCUGCAUGUAUUAUAUGCGAACUUAUUAUUGGAAGACCAUUAUUUAAAGGAGUCACUGAAUUUGAUCUUAUAAUAAGAAUUGUUAAUUCAUUAGGAAAACCUAAUAAAGAUGAAUUAGAAUUUUUUAGUAAUUCACGUUUUUAUCCUUUAAAAGAAGAUUUUUUUAAUGUUCAUAUAAAAAAUAAAAAAGAUGCUUUAAAUGUAAUUACAAAUGGAAGAAUAGAUGAAUUAGGUAUAGAUUUACUUGUUAAGAUGCUUAAAUAUAAUCCAAAUGAUCGUAUUACUGCAGCUGAUGCUUUAUCUCAUCCUUGGUUCUCAGAUAUAAGGUUUGAUAAUCUUGAUGGUAUAGGUGUAUAUAACUGGUAUGUUCAUUGUUUAAAAUAUUAUAUUGGAAUAAAAACAUUUAGAGAGAUUGAACAAAAAAAAAAAAAUCUACUAACUACAACUAUGAUUUCACAUUUCUUAUGUAAGUCAAAUGAUAAAUAUGCAAAAAUUAUUUUCAAAUUAAUCAAUGAUACCUUUAAAAAUUUAGGAGGAUAUAAAAAAAGUGGAAGGAGAUCUUUUGCUAUUUUUUCAGAUAAAUAUGCUAAUGAUGAAAAAAAUACUAACGGAUUUAUUAAAAGAGCAAGUAUUAAAGUAUUAAAUGAUAUGAAAGAAAAAAAUGUUAAAGAAACAAAAGAAGAAUUCUCUUUCUAUGAUGAAAGCACAACUUAUAUGACACCACCAACAUCAUCAGUCAAAAGAAGAAAAUUCAAUAGAUCAAGUUAUCAUGUAAUUCAUCCAGAACAUUCAUAUGAAUUUACAAAUCAAAUCAGAAUGAAAAGAAAUCUAUCAAUUCCAGAUUUCUCAACACCAGAUACAAACAUACAAAAAUAUAAAAAAAUAAAGGCAGCUACAACAACAAAUAAAACAACUCUUCCACAAUUUUCUCAUUUUUAA